UCAGUUUAUUGUAUCCAGGAAAACUCAGUACAUCAGAUAAAAAUGUAUUAAAUAAGAGCAACAUGCCAUAUUCUCUUCAUGGGAAGUCUGAGGUAAAAGGAACUAAGUGAUUCACUCUGCUCUUUAGCCACUCGGACACGAUCAUCACCUGCCGCCUGCUCCACAGUAAACUGUACAGUUUGAGUUGUAUUCAUUGUCAGGGACAGGACUGUAUCCCGUCUCACACCUGUACCUCCACAGACUCUUGUGUUUCACUGGGAAUUUGUGUUGAAGACAUUUUCUAAGAACCGCGUGACUGAGUUUCCGUAACCAGGGCAACAAUGACGUUGACAUGCAAGCUCACACUGCACAUGUACAUUCUCUUCCUGCUAUUUCUUGUGAAAUUGGUUACAUUUUAUUCACUAUUAUGUUUCUCACCACUGUGGAGAAUUAGUGUAUGGUUACACGGUCGAUGGUUAAAAUUUAGAUGUUGGCUGGAGUGUCCCUUUAAGUAUAUUGUCUAACUGGUGUUUGUACUUUUAGCAUUUAUGAAAAUGAGAAGGUUCAGUGAGAGCUGUAAGGACUUGUUUGAUCAUUUGCACUGGUGUUAGUUCAUUAUGGAUUAUUUUAUUUCCUUCAGUAUCAGGUGUGAUUCACUUGGAGUGAGAAGUUGGUCAGAUCUGGUCUCAGCACUCAGCUCAGAAACCACCAAUCUGAGAGAACUGCAUCUGACUGUGAAAACACUGGAUCUGACUGGGAAUGAGCUAGGAGACUCAGGAGUGAAGAGUCUCUGUGCUGGACUGGAGAAUCCUCACUGUAAAGUGGAGACACUGAGGUUGUAUAAGUGUGGUGUCUCAGAUGAAGGCUGUGCUGCUCUGACUUCAGCUCUGAGAUCAAACCCCUCACACCUGAGAGAACUGAAUCUGUCUGAUAAUAAAAUAGGAGACUCAGGAGUGAAGAGUCUCUCUGCUCUUAAGGAUGAUAAACAUUACAAACUACAGAUACUGUGGUGAGUCAUGACCUUUUUAGAUAAAUUGUGAAAAAAUAAAAGACUAAUAAAUGAACCUGAUUAUCAUUAGUUUGUACAUUUCUCUUUAGUUCCAAUAAAUAUCAGAUUACCAGGUUAGGAAAUAAAACCAGUUUUAGAA